ACUUUUAGAAAAGAAAGAGAACAAAUUCUGUAUCACCAAGAUAGCAUGUCCAGAUGAUGUGGGCUCCCACCCCACCUAUGCUGCCACCAUCACCUCUGUUGACAAUGUUUUGAUCCCAAAGAGCCAUGAGGUGAAAACAUGUCGGCACAGCGGCUUCAGGGACGAUGUUCCAAAGAAACGAAACGCCAACCAACGUGACAUGUCGGUUCCUGUGGGCACAGAACCAGAUGGUAUGAACAUAUUGGGCCUGGUGCUCUUUGCCAUGGUGUUCGGUGUGGCACUGAGGAAGCUGGGAGAGGAGGGGGAGGAGCUCAUACGCUUCUUCAACGCUUUCAAUGAAGCCACCAUGGUGCUGGUGUCCUGGAUCAUGUGGUACGUCCCGUUCGGCAUCAUGUUCCUGGUGGGUAGUAAGAUAGUGGAGAUGGAGGAUGUGGUUCUGUUGGUGACCAGUCUGGGGAAAUACAUAUUUGCCUCCGUCCUGGGUCAUAUCAUCCACGGGGGGGUCAUCCUGCCUCUCAUCUACUUUGGGUUCACACACAAGAACCCCUUCAGCUUCCUGUCCGGCCUCAUCACGCCCUUCACCACCGCCUUCGCCACCUGCUCCAGGUAG